GCCAAAACUUACCUCCAAUCGCGCAGUCACGCAGGUGGUGUCCUUGGCGCCCUAGCCUCACCGAACUACCUCCAAUCGUUUCCGUGUUCUCGCGCCAACCAGUUAUGAUGUAAGGGCUCGUUCUCCGGACAUGAUGCUUUCAAUGACUAUAAAGUCGCUUUUGUGCAACUUUGAAAAAAGUUCCGCACUUCCUGCCGUCCUUUGCACUGUUUCUAUUGCUAUUGGUACGUCUAUUGGUGCUGCAACAGGAUGUUCAAAACUAUGUUUUGGAAAUGUUCUGAAUUUAUGUAUUUAAUGCUUUUGAGUUUAUUUGUAUUAGUUUCUAUAAUGAAAACCAAGUAGGUGGUCUCUAUUUUCGUUUUAGACAGUUUUGUAACAGCUCGGCAGCUUCCAUCAGAACACGCUAAACAAAUCCAUCGUUUUAAACAAAAAAACUAAGUCAAUUGCAGCAGCCAUAUAUAAAUUUGAGUGAUUAACUUAGUUGAUGUGAAAAAUAACUAAACCUUUUAUAUGCAUCGCAAUCACAUUAAUUCUCAAUGUUUCUCUCAAAAUUCGUGAAUCCACUAUCACAAGCUUAACAAAUAUGUGUCUUGACCAAAAUGUGCAGCAACAGGAUAACGUAAGUGUUUUCUCGGAAUGAACAAGAUGGGGUGAAAAGAUUAAGUCACACUUUUUUACGGGAAAACGAAUACUCUGAGUUAGCCUGAAGCCAUCCAUUUAUCAAAAGAAUCACUACCCUCUAAGUUACAUUUUCUUGUUUCAGUUUGAACUUAAUUAGCCCCUCAUAUUGUCAGAUAUGGUUUCUCAUUGUCUCUUAGGUAUUUCUGUUGAAUCUGGUAGCUAAAUGUCACAAGUGUGAUGUCAUUAAUAGUUAGUAAAUGUUAAAAUGCUAUAUGAUCUGACUGAAGUUAAUGUGAGAUAUACUCGAGUUCCUCUAAGGAUCUUAAUGGACCUAUUGAAUUGUAAUUGUGCUCUAUGUUCGAGUUUAUCUUGAACACUUCAGAACCAUUCUAUGUUUAGAUUUCAAAGAGCUGGACCCCAUAAAAUAUAAGAAUGAACUGAGAGGUGCUGCCAUAGGAUGUUCAAAACGAUGUUAGAAAUCACCCAGUGAAUUAAACCAUAUACAAGGCCAUUAAAGGAAGCUUCAUUGUCUCAACCCAAUUUAAAGUCUGGCCUAGGGUAAAUUAGUGUUAUGUAUUGAACUAAACAUUUAACUUCUCUUCUGACUUCAUUCAGCUAAUAAAAACUAUAUUGAAACCCUUUUCCCCUUGCCCUACAAUUGUGAAGUAAUCACACUUUACAGCCAGUAUUAUACUUAUUCUUAUUAUGGUACUUUAAUAAUAGAGAAAUGGAAAGACGGGUAAAGUUAGUAAAGUGCUGCCGUUUGGAAUUAGCGUAUUUCAAGAAAAAAAAAUUGUUUGCUUCGUAAGAGUCAUGUAUGGAUCAAAGUCUGCUUAAAGAUAAUAGUGAAUUUAUGAAGUGACAAUUUGACUUAUCAUAUUGUACCAUGUAUAUUUUCAUAUAGUUUUAGUUGCUUCAUAUUUUUGUUGCUUUAUAUUUUCACGUAUGAAGCGCCAAUUGUCAAACCACUUUUCCUAAAAUCGUUAUCUGUAUCAUGUUUUAUGUAUAAUUUGUUAGAAAUACUUAAUUUCUUUUAUCCAUAGUAGGUGUUUGUAAAUAUGUCUAAAUGCUAUUUCUGAAUAAAUGGCAUUUUAUGUGUAUAUGGAAUAGUUAUUUUUAAGGUAGAUGGGUGCUUCAUAUGAAUUUAUGUAUUAGCAUUUCUUAUAUCGUCAUUUAUUUGGUUCUAAAAAACUGAUCAAAUGUUUUUUCACCUCCAUAUUUAUGGGUUUCUAUUGCCAUUGGUACGUCUAUUGGUGCUGCAACAGGAUGUUCAAAACUAUGUUUUGGAAAUGUUUUGAAUUUAUGUAUUUAAUGCUUUUGAGUUUAUUUGUAUUAGUUUCUAUAAUGAAAACCAAGUAGGUGGCCUCUAUUUUCGUUUUAAACAGUUUUGUAACAGCUCGGCAGCUUCUAUCAAAACACGCUAAACAAAUCCAUCGAUUUAAACAAAAAAACUAAGUCAAUUGCAGCAGCCAUAUAUAAAUUUGAGUGAUUAACUUAGUUGAUGUGAAAAAUAACUAAACCUUUUAUAUGCAUCGCAAUCACAUUAAUUCUCAAUGUUUCUCUCAAAAUUCGUGAAUCUACUAUCACAAGCUUAAAAAAUAUGUGUCUUGACCAAAAUGUGCAGCAACAGGACAACACAAGUGUUUUCUCGGAAUGAACAAGAUGGGGUGAAAAGAUUAAGUCACACUUUUUUACGGGAAAACGAAUACUCUGAGUUAGCCUGAAGCCAUCCAUUUAUCAAAAGAAUCACUACCCUCUAAGUUACAUUUUCUUGUUUCAGUUUGAACUUAAUUAGCCCCUCAUAUUGUCAGAUAUGGUUUCUCAUUGUCUCUUAGGUAUUUCUGUUGAAUCUGGUAGCUAAAUGUCACAAGUGUGAUGUCAUUAAUAGUUAGUAAAUGUUAAAAUGCUAUAUGAUCUGACUGAAGUUAAUGUGAGAUAUACUCUAGUUCCUCCAAGGAUCUUAAUGGACCUAUUGAAUUGUAAUUGUGCUCUAUGUUCGAGUUUAUCUUGAACACUUCAGAACCAUUCUAUGUUUAGGUUUCAAAGAGCUGGACCCCAUAAAAUAUAAGAAUGAACUGAGAGGUGCUGCAAUAGGAUGUUCAAAACGAUAUUAGAAAUCACCCAGUGAAUUAAACCAUAUACAAGGCCAUUAGAGGAAGCUUCAUUGUCUCAACCCAAGAUAAAGUCUGGCCUAGGGUAAAUUAGUGCUGUGCAUUGAACUAAACAUUUAACUUCUCUUCUGACUUCAUUCAGUUGAUAAAAACUAUAUUGAAACGCUUUUCCCCUUGCCCUACAAUUGUGAAGUCAUCACACUUUACAGCCAGUAUUAUACUUAUUCUUAUUAUGCUACUUUAAUAAUAGAGAAAUGGAAAGACGGGUAAAGUUAGUAAAGUGCUGCCGUCUGGAAUUAGCGUAUUUCAAGAAAAAAAAAUUGUUUGCUUCAUAAGAGUCAUGUAUGUAUCAAAGUCUGCUUAAAGAUAAUAGUGAAUUUAUGAAGUUACAAUUUAACUUAUCGUAUUGUACUGUGUAUAUUUUCACAUAGUUUUAGUUGCAUCAUAUUUUAGUUGCUUUAUAUUUUCACGUAUGAAGCGCCAAUUGUCAAACCACUUUUCCUAAAAUCGUUAUCUGUAUCAUGUUUUAUUAUGUAUAAUUUUUUAGAAAUACUUAAUUUCUUUGAUCCAUAGUAGGUGUUUGUAAAUAUGUUUAAAUGCUAUUUCUGAAUAAAUGUCAUUUUAUGCGUAUAUGGUAUAGUUAUUUUUAAGGUAGAUGGGCGCUUCAUAUGAAUUUAUGUAUUAGCAUUUCUUAUAUCGUUAUUUAUUUGGUUAUAAAAAACUGAUCAAAUGUUUUUUCACCUCCAUAUUUGUGGGUUUCUAUUGCUAUUGGUACGUCUAUUGGUGCUGCAACAGGAUGUUCAAAACUAUGUUUUGGAAAUGUUCUGAAAUGCUUAGUUUUAUUCUUUCAUUAACAUAAGGAAGGCUGACCAAAACUGAGAUUAGUACUCACUGCGUAAGAGAUUCUACACCUUUUCAUAUCUUAGGCCAGACUUUGUUUUGAGGGAAAAAACUUUUUUUUCAUAUCCUGGGCGAUAUGAAAAGGUGUUUGGUACUGAUGUUUUAAUAUACCCUAAAUCCUAUUAUUUUACUGGAGUUAUAUCCUCCGUUCUUAGUGUGUUUCCAAGUCAAGCUAUCAUAGGCCAUUCUUAUCUAAGCUUAAAAGGCCCUUAUUUGUGAAUCUUACAGAGUCUUCUCUCCAUAUAUAUGACUCAGUAAUAUAUAUGAACUGAGAAGAAUUCAAAUAGGAAUAUGAAGCCUCUGUUAGAAAUCACCCACGAAUUCCACCAUAGGGGCAUUAGGGAAGCUUCCUUCUCUCGACCCAAAGCCUCGCCUUGGAUAAAUUAGUGUAAAAUACAUGUAGGUGAUGUAAGAUUUUAUUCUGAUUUUCUUUCAAUGCUUUCUUGGCACUUCACAUAAGAAAGGCUUCAUUGUGAAAGGUACACAGUUUUAUUGACAUUGUUUUUGUUUAAAUAAUAUUUUUGUUGUAUGCUGUUAUGCGAUACUUGUGAAUGACAUGUUAGCCCUUUUUAUUAUCUCUUUUAAUUUGUAAACUACUGCUCCACUUUAAUAAUGUUUUCGUUUAUUAAAGAUGUCACUAUCAUUAACAUUUGGAGUAGCAGACACAAAAAUAUGCAGCUCCUAACCCACAUUUUCACAUGCUCUCUGAAAACCAUUUCUCUGUUUCAAAAUUUUGAAAAGCAUUUCAAUUUGAAGUCAAAGUGGAUUGUGUGUGCACAUGUAGCAAUAAUCUGUCAGUAAUGCAUCAUUGUAUCCUUAACUGCACACUAUGAGAAAAUUAAAAUUGGAAUGUAAGGAUUCCCAAACAAGCUAUUGCUUAAGACCACUAGUGUAUUUAACACAGUGGUGAAAGUGUGGAAACAACAUUAAAAACAUCAUGGAUGAUUUAAAAUGGUAAAAAUAAAGAAAAAAUACUCAACCAAAUUCCCCAAUUCAUUCCAGGGAAAAUAAAAUAUGUGUAAAUCGGUAAAUCCAUUAAAACAGCUAUAAAUUAGGGAAAUUAAAGCGCUAAUGAUGAAGAAGUGUACGUGGAAUGGCAAAUGUGAAAUCAAUGAGUAUUGGGUAAAGUCAAAUGAAAGGAAGGCCGACAAUUAAAAGACAAUGUCACUGUUUUCCAUAUACCUUCUAUUUUCAUUUAGUCAACAAAAUGAGACCUAUAAGUUUCUCCCAGCCAUGCCCUAAUCCCCUUCCCACAUGUGUUUUUCAAUUACACAUACUAAUGGGUUAGAAAUUUAUACAGAGAGAAAUAAGCAAUCUGGUACAGCCUACAAAAACACUAAUCUGUCUAGACUUCCUAAAGAUAACAUUGAAACGAUUUCCGAAUUCAGUUAGUUUUAUUUUGUGUUCCAUUUUCAGUUAGUUUAAUUCAGAACUACCGAGCAAAAUAUAAUGAAAAACAACUUCUAGGAACCCUUAUCUCUAUUUUUCUUUUGUUACCUUUAUGUGUCUCUUUCUUUAGUUCUAGCGAUUUUGGAUUGUUCUUAGUAUUUUAAAACCUUAUCUCUUUUAUUACAGGCAUUCUUGUUGAUAUUCUUCUCAAAUCUCGGUGACGAGACCUUCUUUAUUGCACUCUUCUGGCUGCUUGAAACUCUUCUGCAGUCAUUGUUUUUUGGGAUUUUGGUGCACUAAUGGAAUAUGACUCAUGCUCUGCACAUAUGGAGGCUGAAAGUACAGAAAACGAGAUUGGUGUUGUGAAAUUGAUGGGGCACUAUAGUGCCAUAGUGGAUUCAUAAGUGAUGUAUGCUGCGCUUUCCAACAGAGAUGUGGACUGCUGCUUUAUUCCAGAAUCACCUAUUCCUUUAGAAGGGCCAGUUGGACUUUGUAAAUACAUAAAGGGAACACUGCGGGAAAAUAGAGACAUGGUGAUUGUGAUUGCUUAAGGUACAGGGUAGGAGCUGCUUUCUGAUAGCAAGCAAGAAAACAAAACAAAAUAACAACAGGAAUCAUCAGGGAACAAGUUGCUCCCAGAUGUUGGGCUUUGGUUAUCCCAAAAGAUCAAGACUUCAAGCUAAUUACCAGACUACUCUCUUCAUCCUCAUCAAAUUGCUUUCAAACUGGUGAUGCCAGCAUUUACUCGUUCAACAGAGCCAUUGAUAAACUAAUCAAGUAUGGAUCGAUCGAGUCAGCCUUACAACUGUUCAAUGAAAUGCCGGAACGUGAUGUCAUCUCCUGGAACACUGUAAUUAAUGGGCUGAAUCAAUCUGGAUUUCAGAGGAAAUCUCUUUGCUUAUACAAGAGAAUGAUCUCCCAAGGAAUAGUUGAGAACUCCUCCACAUUUUCCUCUGUCUUGAGUAUAUGUAAUAAUGCAGGUUUUUACAGACAAGGGUUUGAGAUGCAUUCUAGAGUUAUAAUCUUUGGGUUGAAUGAUAACAUAUACAUUGCUAGUGCACUUGUUGAUCUGUAUAUGAAAGCGGGUCUUGUAGAUCUUUCUUUGAAGUUGUUUUAUGACUUACCAGAAAGAAAUUUAGCUAUAUGGAAUGUUGUAUUACGUGGAAUUAGUGAUGUAGGUUGGUCCAAGGAGUUAUUGAGCGCUUACAAUGAUAUGAAGUUGGCAAAUGUGGAACCUAAUGAACUUAGUUUUUGUUAUUUGCUUCACGGUUGUGGUAGUGGGAGACUUCUUCUUCAAGGAAGGCAACUACAUUGUUUUGUUUUGAAGAAUGGAUGGUUAGUUAUGAAUGUGUUUAUAGCUAAUGGUUUGAUUGAUUUCUACUCUGCUUGUGGGGUCUUAAGUGAUGCCAGGGAAUUGUUUGUUGCUAUUCCACCACAAGAUGUGAUAUCAUGGAAUUCAGUGGUUUCUGUCUAUGCUUCCCAUGGUCUUUUACAUGAUGCUUUGAAAGUUCUUGAAAAACUGCAAUCUUUGGGCAAGAGGCCAUCAGCACAAUCUUUUUUGGGACUUUUAAAUGUAUCAAGUGUGAGAAAACAUAUGCUGCUUGGAAAGCAAAUUCAUUGUUGUGUCCUAAAAUUGGGACUUGAUUGUGGAAAUGUCCUUAUUCAGUCUGCAUUGAUUAAUAUGUAUGGAAAGUGUGGUCACAUUGAAGGUUCCGUGUCUUUAUUUGAGAAUGCACCUGAGUCAACUCUUGAAUGUUGCAACUCCUUGAUGACUUCCUUACUGCACCACAACGUUAUAAAGGAUGUAUUUGAACUGUUCUAUUUUAUGCUUGAUGAAAGCAUCGGAUUUGAUGAUGUAAGUCUGUCUACAGCUCUGAAGGCAUUAUCACAGUCGGCCUCUGUAAGCUUGAAUAGCUGUGGUUUGCUUCAUUGUUGUGCAAUAAAAUCAGGGUUUGAAUCCGACAUUGUAGUUUUGUGCUCACUGAUAGAUACAUAUUCAAAAUCUGGUCACAUUAAACACUCUCAACAAAUUUUCAGGCAGGUUCUUUCGCCAAAUGACAUAUGCUUCACUGCUAUGAUUAACGCAUAUGCAAGGAUAGGGAAAGGAAGUGAGGCACUUAAGAUGUUUGAGUCCAUGAUCCAAGAAGGCCUACAACCCGAUGAAGUAACAUUCUUGUGUGUAUUGAUUGGAUGUAGCCACUCAGGCAUGGUGAAAGAGGCAAGAACAGUCUUUGAUUCAAUGGACACAGUUCAUGGAAUCAAUCCAGACAGACGGCAUUUUUCAUGCAUGGUGGACCUUCUAGGUCGCAUAGGCUUGGUAAGUGAGGCAGAAGAGUUGAUCAAUUGUGCAGCGAUUGAGGGAGAUUGUGUCAUGUGGAGUUCACUCCUACGUAGUUGUCGUACUCAUAGAAAUGAGCGAGCUGGAAGGAGAGCUGCAGAAAAACUGAUGGAACUUAGGCCAGAUGACCCUGCUGUUUGGUUUUUAGUCUCAAACUUUUACGCUGAAAUUGGGGACUUUGAUGCCUCAGCGCAGAUGCGGGAGGUUGCAGUAGCCAGGAAGAUGAGUAGGGAAAUUGGCUAUAGUUUAAUUGAUAAAAGUAGGUAUCAUGUAUACAGCCCCUGAAAGUUGUUACAUUUAGGUGAUUUAGCAUGCUAUACCUAAAAGCACUACAUAUGAGUGAGAAAUUUCUCCUGCUGAGUGCUAAGGUUUAAUAGGUAAUUUCUCCCUCCGCAUUUCUCCUAUUCACCCUUGCCGGUUGAAUCCAUCAAUGCCCCACACCUCGCGCCUCUAUCAAGGUAACCGAGCCCUCCAUUAACGGCGUUGACCUGCAAAUGAGCGCCCACACCCUCUAAUCUGAAAUGAAUUCUUGUUCGGAUGUCUUCUAUAUUCAUCCAGGUUUUGAGCUCGGACAUAUAUCAUAUGCAGCUUGAGAGCAGGUUUAUUGGUCUUUGGGUCGAUUUUAGGCAGUUUAGAGCAAGUCCACAGGCUGAUUAACAUCACGAUUUAUCGAACUUCAGUUAGGUUGUCUUACAUUUGAGUGGUUGUCAUUAGUCUAUUACAUUUUCCUGCUGCAAUUGGACUUGAGAGCAGGCAUUUUGGGCAGUCAAGGAAAAAGCACACUCCUAACUAUAUACAUAUUAUUUUGUCUCCUGAUGUACUUCCUUUCCUGAUUUGUGCGUAUAAAAUUGUCAGAAUGAAAUUGGG